AUGAGAAAUACACGCAACAGAGAGGGGGGAGAGGAAGGGGACCCGGAGGAGUGGCAGACGGUGGGGCCGAAGCAGCGGGCGGCAGUGACGAGGACCCAUGCGGUGCAGUCAUCCUGUCUCAGCGAGAUAUUCGGUGGUCAGCUGAGGAGUGAAGUGCGGUCGGCAGGCAGCAAGCCAUCAGCCACGGUGCAGCCCUUCUCGCUGCUACAGCUGGACAUAGCAUCGGAUCGGAUCAGAUCGGUGGAGGAGGCGCUCAAAGCCUUUGCUGCACCAGAGGUGGUGGAAGGGUAUCGACCCAGCAAUGCCAAGGAGAACCACAUGAAGGAGAACCACAUGAAGGAGAACCACAUGAAGGAGAACCACAUGAAGGAGAACCACAUGAAGGAGAACCACAUGAAGGAGAACCACAUGAAGGAGAACCACAUGAAGGAGAACCACAUGAAGGAGAACCACAUGAAGGAGAACCACAUGAAGGAGAACCACAUGAAGGAGAACCACAUGAAGGAGAACCACAUGAAGGAGAACCACAUGAAGGAGAACCACAUGAAGGAGUGCUGCUGCUCCUCCUGUAUGCUUUCUCUUCUUACUCUGUCCUGCCCUCCACGCCUUUAUACUCUUCCUACCCCUGUCAAGAUCCACAAGCCUGUCUCCUUCCCUCUCUCCCUCACUCUCUCACGGGACCUCCUCUUUUCCUCCUCUCCCUCCGUCGAGGAACGGCGAUACUCCCUUUUUGCCACUGUGGUGCACCAGGGAAGAGACCCUUCCUCCGGCCAUUACACUGCCGAUGUUCGCCAGCCGGACGGAUCCUGGCUCAGAUUCGACGACGCACGAGUUUUGUCUGUUUCUGCCAAGCGGGUGCUUCAGGAACAGGCGUAUCUGCUGCUGUACCAGAGGGAAGGUGGAAGGCAGUGA